AUGCAUGGAAUAGAGUGGCGCGAUUCUGGUUUCAAGCAAUUCAAGUUCAUGGACCCAACUGUUUCAAUUUCAAGUCACAAGCGCUCCAGCAGUGACCCAAUGAAAAGGAGAGUCAUGGGAGAUGGAUUAGAGAACAUUAGUGAAGCUUCUUAUCGGCCUGAAGUGGAACUGGGGAAACUAAAGCAAAGCAUUGAAUCCAAGAAGAGGCAAUACCAUAAUAUGGAUCUUCAAAGCUCUUUGACUCAAGAGAUUCUACAGCUUCGAAAACGAUUACAGCAACAAUUCGUGAUAAGGCGCGCAUUAGAGAAAGCAUGUUAUCUGCCUUUCUCACAGGAUGCAACCAUAGAACAUUCAAUACCCGAGGCUGCAAAGGAACUGAUUAAGGAAAUUGGAAUAUUAGAAUUAGAAGUUGUGUAUUUGGAACAAUACCUGCUCUCUUUGUAUCGGAAAAGAUUUGAUCAACAAAUUUCAUCUUUAUCACCCAAGGAAAGAAGAUUGGAAUUAGCUUCAGACACUAAUCAAGAAACAUCUGCAGUGCCCACCAAUGAUGCUAUAUCUGACAAAGAAAUUUCAGUUGUGCACUGUAGUAAUGUCAUUUCACCAAGAAAUUCCGCUGGCUUUCGCCUUAAGGAACGAAAUAACCAGUUGGAGUCAGAAACUGUUUUAGACUCUAGUAUUCAUCGAUGUCACUCUGCACUAUCUCAACGAACAGUAUGCUCAAUUGAAGCUUCUCCUGGGAACAUUGAAACCAAAGCUGUUGUUGACUCUUACCAUUCUCUUCCACUAUCCAUGUUGGAGCAAGCUCAGUGUGCUAAAUUCAGUUCAACAAGUCUGGCUGAGCAUCUAGGGAGUAGCUAUGUUGAUCAUGUUCCAGAAACACCAAAUUGGCUUUCUGAGGAGAUGAUUAAGUGCAUAUCAGCUAUAUAUUGUGAACUUGCAGAACCACCUUCUCUUGGUCAUAAAAAUUCUUCAUCCCCUAUUUCAUACUUAUCCUCUGGUAAUGAGUUAUCUUCACAGAUCCAGGGUAAUAAGCGGGGUUCACAAUGGAAGAAACACUCAUCCUUCAAUCUAAACUCCACUAACCCUUUCCAUGUCAGAGUGUCCAAAGAAUUUAGUGAACCUUAUUGCUCAAUGACAAGGAUACAGAAAUUAUGCACAGAUAAUCAGAAAUUAAAAGAAAUUGAAUACAUGCUACGGAGAUUUAGGUCACUUGUUUCUCGUCUGGAAGAUGUUAAUCCUAGAAAUAUGAGACAUGAAGAAAAGCUUGCCUUUUGGCUUAAUGUGCACAAUUCCUUAGCAAUGCAUGCCUUAUUAGUUUAUGGAAUUUCAGCCAACAAUGUUAAAAGAAUGUCUUCAGUGCUGAAGGCCGCAUAUAACAUUGGGGGACAUACUAUAAGCGUAGACCUGAUACAGAACCUCAUUCUGGGAUGCAGAUUGCCUCGCCCAGGACAAUGGCUGAGGUUGUUCUUUCCUUCAAUGACAAAACCAAAGGUUAGAGAUGCAAGAAAAGGAUAUGCAAUACAUCGUCCAGAACCUUUAUUACUAUUUGCUCUUUGCUCAGGAAGCCAUUCUGAUCCUGCGGUACGUUUGUACACAUCCAAGAGAGUCUUUGAAGAGCUACAAUGUGCCAAAGAGGAAUACAUUCAGUCCACCAUCACCAUAAGCAAGGAACAGAAAAUAGUUCUCCCAAAGUUAGUUGAUUCCUUCGCAAAAAAUUCAGGUCUAGGAGCACCUGAUUUGAUGCAGAUGAUGAAGCCUUAUCUACCCGAUUGUCAAAGGAAGAGCAUUCAAGAGUUUCAAUCCAAAUCAAGCUUGAAAAACAUUGAAUUAACGCCUCAUAACUUCACUUUCCAUUAUUUGAUUUCAAAGGAAUUAGCUUGGUGA